AUGAAACAAUUAACUAAGGAGAAGCUAUCAGGCAUCUACACUUAUAAAAUAUAUAGGUGUAAAUCAAAAAUGCCAUGGAUUUUACAAAAAUUAUUACCUGAAGAAGCAUUCGAGUUACACGAAGAAAGUUGGAAUGCUUAUCCCUACUGCAAGACCGUUCUGACGCUGGCAACUCGACCACUUCAGAAUCCGGGCUACAUGGGAGAAGAUUCCAUGUUGGUGAUAGAAUCAAUUCAUUUACCUGAUAAUGGCUCCUCAGAAAAUCCAUUGAACAUCAAUAGGAAGAGAGAUAUUGUAUUUUUGGACAUAUGUGACGAUACGCUCAUUGGGGAAGCCAAUUAUAGACCAGAAUCCGAUCCUAAAAUCUUUAAAUCAGAGCGAACGGGACGAGGACAAUUAAGAGAAGACUGGAUGGAACACACAACGCCUAUGAUGUGUUGCUAUAAAGCUGUAACGGUGCAGUUCAAAUGGCUCGGAUUGGGCAGUCUUGUGGAGAAAACAAUAAUGAAGCAGUAUUCAAAGAUAUUCUCAAACUUCCACAGGCACGCAUUUUGCUGGAUUGAUACGUGGUUUGAUCUCACCGAUGAGGAAUUACAAGAAUAUGAUGAAGAAACCGCUCGUCAGCUACAAGAAUUGGUAAACUCAGAAAAACGAAGGGGAGUGGCAUUAGAUGACUAA